AUGCUGCUCGCGCUCUCCCACCUGAGCGCCGCCCUGAGCGCCGCUCCGCGCCCGUCCACCUACUUUGCGACCACGCUCGGAGGCCUCGAGCCUGUCCUCGCCGCCGAGCUGUCCUCGCCUGAGAUCGGCGCGUCUGCUGUCUCGUGCGGCCGGCUCGGCGUCCACUUCGAGGGCGGGCCCGAGGUCGGCGCCCGCGCGGUGCUGUGGAGCCGCACCGCCCUGCGCGUGAUGGAGCUGCUCGAGCGGCGAGAGGCCGUCCACACGCAGGCGUCCCUGUACGACUUUGCGCGCGCCGUCCGCUGGAGCGAGGUCGUGGCGUCCGAGCAGCAGACCCUCUCUGUUGGCGCGGGGGGAGGGGGGGAGCCGCUGACGCACACGCACUUCUCGGCGCUGACAGUCAAGAAUGCGGCCUGCGACGCGCUGCGAGAGGAGCGCGGCUGGCGCCCUUCGGUGGACCGCGCUGAGCCGGACGUGCCGCUCCACUUGCACGUGCACCGCGGCGAGGCGCGGCUGUACCGCGUCCUGUCCGGCGCCGGCUCGCUGCACCGGCGCGGCUACCGCAGCGGCGAGGCGGUGCACAAGGCUGCGAUGAAGGAGUCUCUUGCGGCGGCGAUGCUGCUGCACGCGGGAUACGACGGCACCUCCCCCCUCUGCGACCCGAUGUGCGGCUCCGGCACGCUGCUCGUCGAGGCCGCCCUCAUCGCCACCCGCACUGCUCCCGGCUUGCUCCGCGCCUCGCCGCCGCCGCUGGUCAAGUGGGGUGGCGGGAGGCACGCGGCGGCGUGGGAGGAGGCGUGGGAGGAGGCGGUGGCGGAGGCGAGGGCGGUGAGGAGAGACGCGGCGCCGGCGCCGAUCAUGGCGAACGAGGUCCACCCGGGCGCGUUGGCGCUCGCCCGCCGCUCCGCUGCUGCGGCCGGCGUCGAGGCGCUGAUUGACUUUUCGCACGGGUGCUGCUCUGAGUACGUCCCGCCGCACGCGCCGUCGCUCGUGGUCUCGAACCCCCCCUGGGGGGGGAGGCUCGACGCAGACGGCGCGGCGGACUCUUGGGCGGUGCUGGGCGAGUGGCUCAAGCGGGAGGGGAGGGAGGGGCGGGCGGCGGCGCACCUUCUCUCCGGCAGCCGCGAGCUGACCCGCCACCUGCGGCUGCGAGCCUCGUCCCGCACGCCCGUCGAGCAGGCGGGCGACUCGCUCCGCAUCCUUCGCUACGACCUC